GCAGGCAGGCAGGCAGGCGGACUGGCUGUCUGGCAAGGCUGGCGAACGAGCGAGGGAGCGAGCGGAGCGGAGCAGAGCCGCCCGCGCCUCUGCCCAGAAGGGCUCCAGCGGCGCCAAGGAGCAGGGCACGGGGCCGCCACUUCGGGGACCCAGAGCAGGAGACCCCCGGCCAGCCCACGGAGCAGCAUGCAUCUGGAGGAUGGCUGAGGCGGGCCGAGGAAGCGCUGCCACCACUACCCACGGCGGGCUGCCCCGAAGUGAGAGGAGAGGAAUGAUUGCUGCGUGGGGAGCCUGGUCUUGCUUUUUCCUGGUGGCCACUGUGCACAGCCUCCCGGCAGCCAGGAUUCCUAUUCCAGACCCCGAAGAAACGCCGACAAGAGCACCAUUAGAUUAUUUAAGGACUGAUACAACAUUCCUUGAGGAACUGGUGGUUGGCAGUGGCGAGAACAUCGAACUCCUGUGUAACUCUCCGGGCUCUUCUAUGUCUGUCUUCUGGUAUAAAGAUGGCAUUGGGAUUUCACCUACUAACCGAACUCAUCUUGUCCAGAAGUUGUUAAGGAUUAUCAAUGUAUCUUACGAUGACUCUGGCCUGUACAGCUGUAAGCCAAGGCACUCCACUGAAAUGCUCAGGAACUUCACAGUACGAGUGACAGAUUCUCCAUCGUCAGGUGAUGAUGAAGAUGAAGAUGAAGAUGACUCUGAAGACGGAGUUGCUCCUUACUGGACCCGUCUUGAGAUAAUGGAUAGGAAGCUUCUGGCUGUUCCUGCUGCAAACACUGUUCGCUUUCGCUGCCCAGCUGCUGGAAAUCCCUCUCCUUCUAUACACUGGCUGAAAAAUGGCAAAGAAUUCAGAGGAGAGCACCGUAUUGGGGGCAUCAAACUACGACAUCAGCAGUGGAGCCUCGUCAUGGAAAGUGUGGUUCCAUCAGAUCGAGGCAACUACACCUGUGUGGUACGGAAUAAAUAUGGCAUCAUUUGGCACACCUACCAGCUCGAUGUUCUUGAAAGAUCACCCCACCGUCCUAUUCUCCAGGCAGGAUUGCCUGCUAACCAGACUGUGGUGAUUGGGAGUGAUGUUAAAUUCCUUUGCAAAGUGUACAGCGAUGCCCAGCCUCACAUCCAGUGGCUGAAACACGUGGAGGUCAAUGGAAGCAAAUAUGGACCUGAUGGGACUCCGUAUGUCACUGUCCUAAAGACAGCAGGUGUUAACAAAACAGAUAAGGAGCUAGAAAUUCUGUACUUACGCAAUGUUACUUUUGAGGACGCUGGGGCAUAUACUUGUCUUGCUGGGAAUUCUAUUGGGUUUACACACCAUACUGCUUGGCUGACGGUAUUACCAGCGGAAAAGCGAGUUGCCGUGGACGAUUCCAGCUCCCUUUAUGCAGAUCUCAGCUAUGGGACUGGCUUCGUUCUUUUCAUCUUGGUGGCCGUGGUGGUGGUUAUCUAUAGAAUUAAAAGGCCCUCCAAAAAACCGAUUAACACCACUACUGUUCAGAAAGUCUCCAAGUUCCCACUCAAGAGACAGGUAUCUUUGGAGUCCAACUCCUCCAUGAAUUCUAAUACUCCCUCUAGUCAGAUCACCCGCCUUUCCUCAAUGACGGACCCAAUGCUGGCAAACGUCUCAGAGCUUGAGUUGCCUGCGGACCCCAAGUGGGAACUGGCGAGAUCUCGCCUGACUCUAGGAAAGCCACUGGGCGAAGGCUGCUUUGGUCAAGUAGUAAUGGCAGAAGCAAUGGGGAUCGAUAAAGAGAAACCGAACAAGCCCAUCACUGUCGCUGUCAAGAUGCUGAAAGAUGAUGCCACGGACAAAGAUCUUUCUGACUUAGUCUGAAUGGAAAUGAUGAAGAUGAUUGGGAAGCACAAGAACAUCAUUAAUCUCUUGGGGGCCUGCACACAGGAUGGUCCUCUCUAUGUCCUGGUGGAAUAUGCAUCAAAGGGGAACUUGCGAGAAUACCUUAGAGCCCGCCGGCCACCUGGCAUGGAUUACUCUUUCGAUACCUGCAAGCUGCCUGAGGAACAGUUAACAUUUAAAGACCUAGUCUCCUGCGCCUACCAGGUGGCACGAGGGAUGGAGUACCUGGCAUCUCAGAAAUGUAUCCAUAGGGACUUGGCAGCUAGAAAUGUUUUGGUCACAGAAGACAGUGUGAUGAAGAUAGCUGACUUUGGCCUUGCCAGAGAUGUUCACAACAUUGAUUAUUACAAGAAGACAACCAAUGGUCGACUGCCUGUGAUGAUGGCUCCGGAAGCAUUGUUUGACCGUGUGUAUACGCACCAGAGUGAUGUAUGGUCCUUUGGAGUGCUGCUAUGGGAGAUCUUCACUUUGGGAGGGUCCCCCUACCCAGGAAUUCCAGUUGAGGAACUCUUCAAACUGCUAAAGGAAGGCCAUCGCAUGGAUAAGCCAGCAAACUGCACCCAUGAUUUGUACAUGAUUAUGAGAGAGUGCUGGCAUGCUGUACCUUCCCAGCGGCCAACCUUUAAGCAACUAGUCGAAGACCUGGAUAGAGUCCUGAUAGUGACCUCAACUGAUGAGUACAUUGACCUGUCGGUGCCUUUUGAGCAAUAUUCGCCUGCGGACCAGGAUACGCAGAGUGCCUGCUCUUCGGGAGACGACUCUGUAUUUGCACACGAUCUUCUCUCCGACGAGCCCUGCCUUCCCAAACAGCAAGCAAAAGGCAUCAUCAGGACAUGAUGGCAGACGCCCGCAAGGAAGAGACUCGUGAAUGUACGUUUUGGGCAAGUCCGGAAGAAAAACCUGAGGGAGGAGUUCGUUACUCUGCUCCGCGGCACAGAAGAUUUGUAUCGCCGCGAAGCCGUACAAAUUCCCCCCGUUUUGUUAUUUGAAAAAAAGCAACAAGCAGCAGCACUCUUUGGUCUGAAGGAACAAAUCUGGUGCAGGUUAGCAGCAACCAGGCAGGCAGUGCCUUAUCUAGCGGGUGCCGAACCUUCAUCCUCCAGUCAGAUUUCCACUGUGAUUUUUCUGUGCCUGCAGUACCAGGGUGGGAAGUGGGUUAUUCCCCCCCAUCUUUUAAAGAGAAAAGCAUGUAAAGAAUGUAGGGAUUCCUUUUCAGAAUGCAAUCAGCACAUUAAUCUUUUUGGUGGAGCUCAAAAGCCACAUUGCCUGCA